CUGAAUUUUUCAAUCCAAUGAGGGAGUAGUAGUUGAGGUCAUUUUGAAGGUUUUAAACUUCAACUGAACUUUUUUUGUGGGGAAAAAAAUAACAUAUCAGAUACAAGUUAUUCAAAGCAGAGUAUUGUUUAAUGCCUUGAAACAUGUCUGUGUACUCUUUGUACCCUUAUCACAAAGAGGCUCAGAUUAAAGAUGAGAGGGCAUAAAUUAGGGGAUGAUGUUUCCUUCCUUAGAGCCUCAUUCCAUUUCUAACCCAUUCAUUUUAUUACUGGACAAGCUUUCCUUUAUGCUGAGAGCUGGGUCAGUGUGUGUGUGUGUCUGUGUGAGAGAGAGAAAGAGGAGGAGGAGGAGGGGGAGGAGGUGGUGGUGGUGGAUGUGGUGGAGGAGGACGGGGCUUGUCUUUCGCUGGGCUUGGAUGUGUUGACACGCAUUUCUGCUCCAUCUCCUUGAUUAAACCGGCAGCCUGGAGGGGAGCAGCGGCGGAGAGGGGAGCAGCAGCAGCAGCAGCCGGGGGCUGGGCAGGAAUGAGAGCGCACCGAGCCGCGGCAUCAUCAUCACCACCAUGCAGCCGACGACCACCAGCCGUCCAUUUUAUACGAUUAUAUGAGCCGAUGAGCGCCGUCGCCUCUGUGUCUGUAUCUUGCAGACAGGCAGGCAGCAGUGUGCACGUCCCGGUGAUGACAACAUAGGCCAACGCCUCGCUCAAGAUCCAUACCAGGGAAUGAAAACGCUCCCAAGAUGGUCCGCAUCGCCAAGGCCCUGGGUUUGGUCAUCCUGUGCGUCGCCGUGCUCAUACUGUCGCUCAUCAGCUAUGUGUCCCUGAGAAAAGACAGCCUCUUCACCUCCUCAAAAUACUACAUGGGAGGCCCGAGGAUUAUGUUUCACGCAGGGUUUCGGUCUCAGUUUGCCAUGAAUUUCCUGGACCCCUCCUUCAUCCCCCUAACCAAUGCCCUAAAUGAGGAGCUCCAAGGAAAACCGUCCAAAUGGAAAUUCAACAAGACUGCUUUUUAUCAGCAGAGGAAAGAUAUCUUCAGCUACAUUGACAUUCCAACCAACUUCUCCCUCACAAAGAACAGCGUGCGUGUGGGCCAGCUGAUGCACUUUGACUACUCCAGCCACAAGUAUGUCUUCUCUAUCAGCAACAACUUCAAGUCCCUGCUCCCAGACAUCUCUCCUAUCCUCAACAAGCAUUAUAGCAUGUGUGCCGUGGUGGGCAACAGUGGCAUCCUAACAGGAAGCCAUUGUGGGCCGGAAAUCGACCAGGCCGACUUUGUCUUCCGCUGCAACUUCGCCCCAACGGAGGUCUACUCCAAGGACGUGGGCAGGAAGACCAACCUGACCACCUUUAACCCCAGCAUCCUGGAGAGGUACUACAAUAACCUGCUGACUAUUCAAGACAGGAAUAACUUCUUCCUCAAUCUGAAGAAGCUGGAGGGAGCCAUCCUGUGGAUCCCGGCCUUCUUCCUCCAUACCUCAGCCACAGUAACCCGGACCCUGGUUGACUUCUUUGUGGAGCACAAGGGCCAACUGAAAAUCGAACUGGCCUGGCCAGGAAACAUCAUGCACGAUGUCAACAAAUACUGGAAAACUAAAAACCUCUCUCCCAAACGGCUCAGCACUGGUAUCCUCAUGUACACGCUGGCCUCCGCCAUGUGCGACGAGAUCCAUCUCUACGGCUUCUGGCCCUUCGGCUGGGACCCCAACACAGGCAAGGAUCUGCCUUACCAUUACUACGACAAGAAAGGGACCAAAUUCACCACCAAGUGGCAGGAGACCCACCAGCUUCCCACCGAGUUCAAGCUGCUGUACAAGCUACACAGGGAGGGCGUGAUCAAACUCAGCCUGACGCACUGCUCUUAGACACACAGCAAGUGUUGGAUGGUUAAGGGGUGACUCCAGAGACUGUGACCCAGAUACAUCAGCUCCGCUCAAACUUUUUGUUGUGACCCACAUUGCAUGAUAAGUGUUAACGCAAUUUAUGACACCCUCAUUUUACAAACACACACUCAUGUCAAGCUGUAAUUUCACAUGAAUGUCCGAUUCACUUGGUGUCAUUCGGUAUUGUUGUGUUCAGUACUACAGUUAGGACUUAACGUUGCUCAGUUGCUUCCAUUACUCUCCUUUGCAUGGCUGUGGGCCAUGGCUGAACAGCUUGAACAGAACAAGCGUCUAUUUUAACUGGAGUCUGCUGGGGAUUCAGCUGUGAAAACAUAAAUAGUCAAAUCUUCGAGUUCUGUUCAAUACAGUGUUGUUUGAUUAACCGCCUUUUACAACAGUAUACUGAUUCUGUACACUGAAAUCACUGCCUAAUCUCAGGGAAGGAGUUAGAUCAGUGUUUUUUUGUAAUCAGAUUCAACGCCUCAAGAGAGGUGCAGUUCCUGUUUUCGGGCCUUUUUCCCCCCUGAGGUGUCAGACAAUCUGCACUGCUCUGGAAGAUGGUAUUUGUUUACAAGA